AUGACAAAGGCCCCGUCACCCUCUCCUAGUUCCAAGAGAGAGCCGACCGCGACGCCACCCACCGCACGCCCGCCACUGCAAAGACUGGCUGCCAGCGACGCGAAGCCCUACCAGUCGCACACGUCGCAAUCCUCGCCUCAGACCCGCCCCACGAGCGAACGCAGCGACGAUGGAGCCACCGACACGGAAAUGAGCGAGCCCGAGAGCCAGCCGGCCGACGACAAAGAGGAUGCGCCGCUGAGCGAGGCCUCGCCCGACGAGAUGGAAGUCGAGAGACUGCGCGGCCUGCAGCUCAAGAUGCUGCAGCAGCAACAGCAGCGCGCCCGUCUGCGCUCCUCGUCCAGCAAUGCCCAAGCCCAGGCCCCGGGGUCCCGUCGCAUAUCGCCCAUCAAGGAAGAGCCUGUGCCCGGCAUCUCGCCCACCCUCGAGGGAGCCUUUAGCAGCCCUACACCAAGCCCAAACCCGCUACCUACGGCCCUUACCACGUCGACCGAGUCCACGGAAUCGGCAAGAACCAUUCGCGGCAGCAUGCCACCUACGCCCGCCGCCGCCCAUGCCGUCCGCACCCCGUCGUAUCCUUUCCCCUCCGUCCCAAACACGCCAAGAUGGGCUUCGGCAUUCCACAUGCCCUUCACCAACCUGUCACCUACUGUAGCUGCGGGCCAAUCGCGAGAGUACGCAGCCCCGCAAGAGCGCAUUGCUUCCGAGAGCAGCACCCCCGCCGCAUCGAGUACGCCUUUUGCCCCAGGAGGGAGACAUUACCAAAGCCCAGAUGCAGAGGACCCGCGAUUCCCUAGUCCCAAUCUCUACGAAAUUGUAUUGCGCCUAGGUGCCGAGCCUGGUCUUCCUGCGUGGUGGACAGCUGUGACUUCCAUCAUGCGUGAUCACUACGGCGCAGAAAGAGCGACCUUGGCAGUGCCGGCGGACGCGUCUGAUAUUGAGAAUGUGCCGUGGGGGCAGAAGACUAGCUUCACUGCCACGACCAACAACGGAAGUCCCCUCGCAGCUACGUACCAGGAAGCAACAGGCACUCACUUUCCAUCGGAACAAGAGUCAGGCUCGCGUGAAAAUGAACAUGCAGAUAUGCCACCAGCCACCAUGAUCCCGGAGCGCAGACCGAAGCUAUUCUCCCAUCACUCCUUCGCAGGCCACGAACGCCAGAGAUCCAACACAUCGCCAGAUACCCCAACACCAGCCCCGCUUACCCGACCAAGAGGUCCGAUGAGGGCGGCCAGCCAUGCACCCCACAUGUCGGCGAGGCCAGAGCAUCCACUGAGACAGGUUUCCCAGGCUUCGUUUGACGGCGCCUCUCCUGCAUUUGCUGGUUCAACUCCAACAGGCGGUCCUACUUUCAGCGAUCCAGAGUUCUCCAGUGUGGGAGAACCAUCGCCACCCAGUGCUGUGUACCAUGUACUUCGAGCUCUUGAUCAUGAACCAGAUGCCCUCAUCGACAACACAGGUGUCAACCGUGUUUUGGAGAGAGGACGUCUGGUCACUCUUACUAGGGAUUACUCGACUUCGCAUGCAACAUCCAAAGAAGACCUAGGCAAGGACAAGCAGGAUCAACCCAAACCUUCUGCAAUACAGGGCAGUGCUGCUGCACAAGAAGCCCAGAAAACUGCUGCUGCCCGUGGCCGAGCUAAUCUAGCAACCAACGAUCCCCGUCUGCCGCAACGUUACGAGGAGUACGAGCAAUACCCGAGCUCACCGUGGGCACAAUCACCCGCCCCUUCACCAGCUAUUCAGAAUGACGCUGACGCCAAUCCCUUCUUCGCCACGGGCAACGUUGACGAGGAGACUUUCAACCCCUCCCGUUCGCCGCAAGACUACACACAAUAUGGCAUGGUUGAGGCUAUCGGCGUUGACAGAGCCAGCACAGUCACGCACAUACCGCUGAUACAUCCUAUCCUAUCGCAAGAGAUGGCAUCACCGGCUACUACUACGCCGUCGCAAAUGCCACCUAUGACAAGACGGCAAUCAGAACAGUCCAUGUCGACAUCGCUGAACAAAGAAGGUUUUGUUCGGAAAGCUCCUAUUGCGAUUCUGUCGAUACUGUCGCCCAUUGUCCCAUACCCGCGUAACCUAACCAACUCGCUGAAGCAUCUUGGUCCUCACCUGGCCACGUCGUUCUCGAAUGCUUGGCACUUCACCAAUGCUCAGGCUCAAGUUGCGUCCAUUCGACAACGCCGCAUGACAGCCGGCACUUCAGGGGGUAUCAGCCUGCCAUCAGAUUCGGAUAGUCUCGAUGAUUUGCUUCACCUUGACCUUGAGGAUAUCACCAACUCAGCAGCAGGUAGUGUUACCAGCCCUUCCGACUACUCUGGCCGAUCCAAGCAUAGCCCUGGUGGCUCCAUCGCUGGAACACCAGGCUGGGAUACUUCUUCGGUCGGAUUUUCGAGUAAACAUUCGAUGGGCGGCACGCCUGGCCAUCUUGCAGGCAGUGAAGCGGUCGAGAGCUACUUUGAUGCUAGGAAACAAUAUGGCAAGACAUUGAACCCUCCGACGUCAAAUCCGCACGACCAGUCAGCACGGAAAACCGAUAAGCGUACUGCAAAACGCGUAACGGUGAAUCCUGUAGCAGAGCAAGUCAACGAGGAUCCUGCCAAGGGACGCAACGACAAGACAGACGAGUCAUUGAGCUCACGUCGCGCUCAACUGCAAGGCGCCUCGAACCGUGGACAUUCAUUCCUGCACUCAUACGGUGCAGACUUUAGCUCGUCGUUCCAGUCCUUGCCAGCAGCGACAACGCCAGGUGGAAGGCCUCCAGCUCAGCAUGGACAUGUCACGGGGCCAUCAAUCGCCGAAACAUCCGACAUGCCACCUCCUUCCGAGAGUCUACUUAGGACCAUCACCGACUCACUACCGGUUCAGAUAUUUACUGCCGCGCCUAAUACUGGUGCGGUCACUUGGGUGAAUUCAAAGUUUCUGAUAUACAGAGGCCAGGAUCAACGCCAGGUAUUGCAGGACCCAUGGAAUCCAAUCCACCCAGAGGAUCGUGAGUCGUACCUAGAAGAGUGGAGCAAAUCUCUGCGCACUGGACAACAGUUGCAGAAGAAAGUGAGACUACAGAGAUUCGAUAACUGCUACCGAUGGUUCUACGUCCGUGUGGCCCCGCUCAAGAACAAGCGUCAACAGAUUGUUCACUGGAUCGGAACCAAUAUGGACUUCCACGAACAGCAUACUGCUGAGCUGAACUCGGCGCGCCAGCAGGAGACGGCAGCUUCUGAGGCCAAAUAUCGUGCGCUAGCGAACUCCAGCCCGCAGAUCGUUUUUGUUGUUUCGGAUCGGCGGGGCUUGACGUUCUGCAACUCCCAAUGGACUGCUUUUUCGGGCCAGACCGAAAUCCAGGCCCUGGGCAACGGCUUCCUAGAGCACGUGCAUCCUGAUGAUGUCAUCAAGUGUAAGCUUCCUGAAUUGGAUGAGGACGGAGUCGCCAAUGUUCCCACUUCCAUGCCAGCAGACCAUGGGAGAACCGAAUCUAACUCAUCUGAUGCUUCGUCGGAAACUGAGAGGACAAUCACUAGUCCUGGUGGAUCGACGCCUGAUCGUAUGGAUAUGCCCCAAGCCAAGUUGUCGAAACUUGCAAGCACCGGCAUAUUGAGAGUCGCCAAGGAUGCGCACGGGCGAGCGUCUUACUCUACCGAAGUUAGACUACGCAACAAGGACGGCGAAUACAGGUGGCAUCUUGUCAGGAUCCUAUUAGAGAAGUCGCUCUCUGAAGACGGUGACGAAGAGACUUGGUAUGGCACAGCGACAGACAUCAACGACCACAAGCUGCUCGAGCAAACAUUAAAGGAGACUAUGGACGCAAAGUCCAAGUUCUUGAGUAACAUGUCUCACGAGAUCCGGACGCCCUUGAAUGGUAUCUCUGGCAUGGUCAACUUCUUGCUAGAUAGCACGCUCAACUCCGAACAGCUAGAGCACGUCAACAUUAUCAAAGCCAGUACCGAUAGUCUGCUUAAUCUUAUCAACGACAUCCUUGAUCUGUCAAAAGUCGAAGCAGGCAUGAUCAAGCUGUCCAUGGAAUGGCUUCAUCUGCCGUCGCUUCUCGAGGAGGUCAAUGAUUUGAACAUGGGCCUGGCCAUACAGAAAGGCCUUGAACUCAACUACCUCGUGGAUGAAGGAGUACCAGCAGAAGUCAAAGGUGACAAGUUCCGCAUCAGACAAGUCCUUCUCAAUGUGGUUGGCAAUGCGAUCAAAUUCACUGAGCAUGGAGAAAUCUUUAUCCGAUGCAAGCUGCAACCACCCGAUCGUUCUCGUCCCCUACGAGAUAACGAGACUAUGAUCCGGUUCGAGGUUGUAGACACUGGCCAAGGUUUCACUGAUGCUGAGGCUAAGUAUCUCUUCAAGCGAUUCAGUCAGAUUGAUGCCAGCAGCACCAGGCAACAUGGUGGAACUGGUCUUGGAUUGGCUAUUUCUAUGCAAUUCGUGGAACUCCAUGGAGGUAGAAUGGAUGCUCGCAGUGCACCUGGCAAGGGCUCAACAUUCUUCUUCACAAUCAAAUUUGGGCUCCCAACGGCUGAUGACUACCCUAAGCCCCAGGUAUCUACCCCAGGCACACCAGCCUUUGAGACUCCGCUCUCGAUGCCGCCGGUGCCUUCACUUCCGCCCCAGCCCUCUGCUCUCCAGAAGUUUGUUCAGUCGCAGAACCCCGGGCAUGCACAAAUCAAGCGCGUGUCAAGUGUGUCUUCUGAGAAGAGUGAAUCUCCCAGAUCUCCAGCGCCCAGCCUGUCAGCUUCUGAGCGAUCGCGUGACUCGCCCUCUCUCUCGUCUGGGAGCUCGGACCAUUCAUUGACAAGCGCCGCACUUACAGGACAGUCAAGCUUGCGUUCGGAAAGGUCGUCUGCAUCUUCUUAUCUGAAGGAAACCAGUCCUGCCCCGGAUCCGGACAUGAAACUAGCUCUGCCUCCCAAGCGAACCGACAGCGACUCGCAAGCUCCCAAACCCGACUCUUCGACGUCUGUUGAAUCGGAUCAGACUCUCCGCGCGUCGUCACCGCAUCGCAGUCUUUCACCACUUGGUAGCGCCUUGCAACCUCCCAUGUAUUCCAUCUUGGUGGUCUGCCCACUAGAGCAUAGCAGAGAGGCGACGAUUCGACACAUCAAGAACACACUUCCUCAAGGGAUACCCCACCAGGUGACAGGCCAGGCUAGCGUGAUUGAGGCGCAGAAGAUGAUGGGAGGUGACAAUCCGGUGUUGUUCACCCAUGUUGUACUUGUGUUACAUGACACUGCCGAGGUACACGCCAUCGUAGAUCAGAUAUUCAGCUCCAUGGCGUACGGUAACACAUCUGUCGUCGUGGUCUCGGAUCCAUCCCAGAAGAAAGAGCUCAUCAAGGAAGCACCAGUAUAUGAUUACGAGCAGCUUCAUCUGGAUCGACGCUUGCAGUUCAUCUACCGGCCGCUCAAGCCAUCAAAGUUUGCCAUUAUAUUUGACCCACAGAAGGAGCGUGAGUCGAGCACGGAUCGCAACCAAGACAGCGCACAGCAGGUUGUGGUCAGCCAAAAACUCGUGUUUGAAGAACUCAAGCGUCGGGUAGGCGGCAAGAAUCAUAAGGUCUUGCUGGUAGAAGACAAUAAGAUCAACCAAACGGUGAUCUUGAAGUUUCUUGCCAGGAUAGAGAUUGAAACAGAGACAGUACAGGACGGUGUUCAAGCCACCGAAACCAUCUUUUCCAAGCCGCCAGGUUAUUACUCAAUUGUUCUUUGUGAUCUACACAUGCCCAACAAAGAUGGGUACCAGGCUUGCAAAGAGAUCCGGCGAUGGGAGAAGAAACAUGGCUACCGUCGCCACCCAAUCAUCGCACUCUCAGCCAACGUCCUGGGUGAUGUAUACGCAAAGUGUGUAGAAGCGGGCUUCAAUUCGUAUGUGACGAAACCUGUAGAGUUCAAGGAACUCUCUCUUGCCAUGACCAAAUUCCUGGAUCCGGCCGACCCCUCGAAACAGCCUGCCCUCAUGAAGAAGAAGUAA